AUGGACCAAAAUGGAGACAGUCUUCCGAGAUCAGAUAGUGCUUUUAGCUUCCAACGCUUACUGUGUGGAGACGACUGGCAUCGGUGGGACACUUUCCCGACCGUCGAUGUUAGUGCCAACUCAUCAGAUCCAACGACUGAGAUGAACCAUGAUGUUCCGACAAUAGAGUCUGAUCCACUUCUAAUGGAACUUACAAGGGAAGAAGCGGUCGAGCAGUGGUUACAGUCACUACCCAAUGAACAAUUUGACAUUUUAUCGGAAGAAGAAAAUAUAGAUUUGUCUUCCGAUGAACACACCUUCACGUAUGAGGAAUUCUUGGAGCUAGGCGAUCAGAUAGGAAAUGUCUGCACUGGUUUAGACGUUGAAAGCAUUGAUAGAAAUCUAAGCCAAAGAAAAUAUGAAGAAUGUUGUGGUGAAACGGAGAAAUGUGUGAUAUGUCUGUGCGAGUUUAAGUACAAUGAUGACGUUUCUAAACUCGGAUGUGGCCAUGAAUUUCACUUCGAGUGCAUCAAGCAAUGGCUAAUGAUCAAGAACAUGUGUCCUCUUUGUAAGCAAAAUGCUCUUUAA